AUGGCCACUGGAGCAGCUGCAGUAGAGACGAUGCUCCGGUGCGUCCUCCAAGGGAGCUUAUCGAUGCAAGAAAUGGAGGUGGAGCGCCGCCCGUAUCAUCGCAACUGCAGCUGCGCUUUACACAACCUAAAAGGUAGCAGCGUUUGCUCUUCCGCUUGUUCCCGCGCCAGGAAUAUAUCUUUUACCAAAAGAAAGACAUGGAAUGAUUGUUCCUUGUCAAUGACCAAUUCUCAGUUUUCUUCUCCGUAUUCUCUUAUCGGAAGCUCUUCUGUUAGGAACAUGGAAACGAUGACAUCGAUGGGGUUUUGUUGCAUAGAUGAUUAUCAAAAUCUGUGA